UUUAGCUUUUAUUUUGAAAUUCUAAAUCAGAAUAUCCCAAUAUUGGAAUAAUUACUUUAUUUCAUUUAAUGUGUUCAUCAUUAAUACCAUUCAUGAUUUUUCAUCUCUUCAUUUAGUUUAAUCUAUCACUAUAUCUGUAUUUAAAGGCGUGUUUCGUCAUAUCACGUUCACCGGAAGUUCGCUCUUAUUUUGAAGACAGCUUUCACACGCUCGUACCGUAAUGUCUGGUAUAUACGUGUACUGAAAAAAAUCGUGCGGGCUGGCUUGACUGUGUUUUCCGAAGUGGCGGCUGGCUUGACCGCAGUGCGUGAGCGCGCUUCUGUCGCUGGCUUUUUCAUAUGCGGCGGCGCGCGGGGAACCAUCCGUCGUAUCGCUGUAGCCGGGGAACGAUUUGACAGACGCACGGUUGCCAUGGCAAACCUUCGCGUCCCGCCGAGUUGCGGUUGACCAAAACUCUGGUGAACGCGAGGCGGGAAACAGCUCUUCGUUGGACCGCUGCGGGUCGUGUGGUCUGUGACGUAUGAGGGCUCGUGAGCCCGGACCGGAAGUCUGCAGGUACCGGUGUUAUGGUGUAUCCCACUUCCACCAUGCAGUCAGACGGGCACAGCGGACUGGGAGCCCUGGAGGCCCAGCUGGCCAGUAAAGAGAAGGAGUGGAAGGAGCUGCUGGCUGCAAGGGACCACCAGCUGGAGGCUUCCCUCACUGAGGCCCAACAGGAGAGCUUCUUCCUCAGAGAACGUUACCAGCAACUGAGGGAAGACUUCCAGUUCAACCUGACCAUCGUGGAAGAACGAGACCGAGAGCUGGAGAGAUACGAUGUGGUGACGGCCAGAGCUCUGACCGCGGGGCACGACAGGCAAGGGGAGCUGACCCGGCUCCGCCUGCAGGUCUCUGAGCUGCAGCAGCAGAGAGCCAGAGAGGCCGAGGAGAGGCGGCGGCAGCUCACUGAGGGCCGCCUGCAGCUGGACCAGCUCAAGCGCUCUAUGACUGGUGACAUUCAAAAGCAAACAGAGGCGUAUGAAAGGAUGAAAAGGGAUUUUCAGAGCAGGAUACAAGAGCUGGAACAAGACCUGACCCUACAGAGACAGGAGAUGACGGCAGCUUCCGAUCGUGAAGUCCGAGAACGGGAACACGAGUUCAACUUGAGAACGGAUGAGAUGCGCUCUGAGCUGCUGUCUUGUGAGCUGAAGGUGAAGCUGCUGUCUGAAGAGAAUGAAGUUCACCUCCAGGCUCGGCAUCGGUCCACAGACGCUCUCACGGCCUCUGAGGAGCUCUGUCAGCAGACACAGAGCCGGCUGCGACAGCAAGAGCAGGAGGUCAACGACCUCACUGCUGCCAAGGACCACAGGAUAGAGGAGCUUGAGGGCGAGCUGAAAUGGAUGGAGACCACAUUGAAGAAACAGGAGGAGGACCACAUCAAGAAAUACGAGGAGGCGGUCCGGGCCCUGAAGGAGCGCGACGCUCAGCUGGAGGCUCGGCGUCGGACCCACAGAGAGCGGCUGCAGACGGCCGAGAAGAACAGUGCCCGGCUGCAGGGGGAGGUCCAAGCUCUGGCUGCACAGCUACGCGGCGUGCAGGAGGAGCUGCAGGAGUCCACGCAACGGAGAGAGGACACUAUCCAGAGGCUUCGCUCAGAGGUGGAAGCCACCCAGACUGGCUGGGACAAGUACAUCAGUCAGGUCUCCAGUGAGAUGGUUGUCAAGGAUACCGAGAUCAUCGCCCUGCACCAGAGGGAGACCAAAUUCCACGCUGAGCUGGGGAGGAGCAGGAAGGAGACAGAGAGGUACAAGCAGCAGCUCAGUGCUGGUCUGAAGAGAGAGAGGGUCUUGGAUCAGAUGCAGGUCCAGGUCCAGGUGGACUGGCAGAGACGCUGUGAGGACAUGAAGGCCCAACACUACCUCGCCAAUGAGCAGCUCAUACAAGACCUGACCCAGGCUCGAGACCAGGCGAAAGCAGAGCUGAAGGAGAGAGAACAAGACGUGCAGGACUUGACUGUCCUCCUACGUUCUGUAAGGUCAGAGAGAGACCAGGCAGUGCAGGGUCUCACACCAAAGGUAGAUUCUCUGGCAUCAGAGGAGAUGUCUUGUCUACAGCAGCAGAACGCCGUCUUGCGAGCCGUGGUUACUCAGAUGAGGAAGGACAUGGAGGGUCUCAACCGUCUCCCACCUCCUCCUCAGGCCUCCUCUCCUCAGCCAGGCCAGCCCCCCAUCCCUCCUCCAGCAACCCCUCAGAUGGCAACCGGACCACUGGACCAAUCCACAAACACCUCCUUCAAAGUCAGCCCAGCAGACUACACUCUGGAGCAGGUGUCCCUACUAACAGCUCGGUGCAGGCAUCUGGAGGGGCAGCUUGAAGACGCCACGAGGAAGCCCAGCCCGGCCAGCGCCACAGAACAUCUGGCCCCUUUACUUCCAGACAACACACAUCUGCAGAAGCAGGGACCUACAGAAGGUGGUCAGUGUUCAGAGAAGAGGGCCAACGUCUCUGCUUUGGCGGAGCAGGAGGACAUACAUACGGAGUGGGAGCAGAGUGCACUGCUGCGACGGCUCCAGGAGGAGAACCUGAAUCUGCGCCGGUGGCAGGCCUCGGGUCUGAUGGCCGCCGGUCUGUUAGAAACCGUGCGGGGGGAUCAGGGCGACCCCCCUCUGCUGCGCUCCAGGCUGAAGCGGGCCGCGUCCUGUAUCGCCCGUCUGAGCAAAGACAAGCAGCAGCUGAUAGAGAUGGGGAACCGCCUCCGAGCCCAGACCACCGCCGCUGGACCACUGGGUCCAGCAUCAGACACGCACGGCAGUCUGUUGGAGCCAGUGGAGCCAGAGAGGAGGCGAGGAGAGCAGCCUGAUCGGCUGUUUGCUUUGGAGCAGCUGCAGUACCAGCUCACCACACAGGAGCUGCAGUACGCUCUGAGGCAGAGCGCUGGCCCGCUGGCUGACCGCCUCCCACCUGGAAGCAGCACACAGGGGGCUGCCAAGCCUCGGUCCCAGGGACAUGAAGCCUCACACAGGCCUGAGAGAAAGGAGAACACACCCAGCCGGUCACAGAGCUCGGUGGACGUGGGUCUGUCAUCAGAGGAGUCACUGCGCUCCUUAAGAGAGCUGUGGGAGAUCCUGGACCAUGGACUCAGUCCAUCUAUGUUCUCAGAAGGCGAGGGUGAGCUGAGCAGGAAGGACGUGGCUGAGCCUGAUGACGCUGGAGUCCAGAUGGCGGCACGCGGUAGCCGCGCUCCCAUCCAUGGCCGGCCCCCAGCCCAGGUCCAGCAGAGGGUGCUCCCUUCUAAAACCCCAUCAAGCACUACCAAGACCAGCAGACUUGGAUCCACCGGCAGGACCUGCAAGAUCAGAAACUACAACGUUAAAGACUGACACACGCGCACACACGCGCACACAAACGUGUCAGUGUGCCGCUCAUGGGGAGUCCUACUCAGCCUGGGAGAACACUUUGUCAUGUCUGAGAAAAUAACCAUGAAGAUGUCAUCAGGAUGAUGUCAGAGACAGAUUCAUAACAGAGAGGCAUCACUAACGAGGGGGUUUUAAAGGGAGGGUCUUAAUGAACAUACGGGUUACAUUUCAGAAUAAAACAUAUGGUGACAACAUGCUUUAAUAUUAUGCUGCUCUUUUCAACAUCACAACUUCUAUGUGUGUGAGCCAUAAGGGACCACGGCAACACAUAGAUGUACAGGUUUCAAGUGUUGUGUGUGAUGCUCAAUAGUUAAUGUGUGUAUUGUUGACUUCCCUUCUGUAUGUUUCAUUGCAUUGUAGUAAACUCAAUGUUUGUAUUUCGGCAUCAUGACUGCAGGUGAUAUGAACUGAAACAUCGUAAAAAACUGUGUGAUGUCUCAGAAAUGUGAAAUGAUGCUGCAGGGCUCAGUCCCCUGCUCGGUUCCUCACAAGUGAUGACAGUCACCUCUUUCCACAUGCAACCAAACAACAUGGGCUGUACAUUCAAUUGAUCUGUGCUCACAAAUUCUUAACUAUUUCUAUGAAACUUAAGUAUGCAUUAAUGUGCCAGUACAUAUACAAACGUAAAAAAGAGCUUAUUAAUUUCAAAGAACCCGCUUGACUGUUUCAUUAUUUACCACUGGGUCACUGGCUCCUCACUGUUGCCUCAGUAGGUCAGUAGAAAAAAGCACUACUGAGAACAUCGUGUUAUCUGAAACAUGAACUACCGUAACCCCCAAGAAGUAAGACUCGCGUUCCGGCCUACGUCACAACUCAGGUCCCGCCUUUUAGUUACCCUAACUCCGAACAGCACCAUCCCCUCUGUUGUGAUUGGACGAUGCAGCAAACCCACGCUUUGUGAUUGGUCCAUGUGCACGUCAUUCAGUGGGCUUUGGUCUGCGCACCUAGUCUGCCCACGCCGGUCCUCAAGUUCACGGCCACAGUGAGGGCGAGGAGCCAGACCCAGGUCUGUGUUGUAGUGAUCCCAACAGAUCUGCUGAUGGAUGGGACAAGGACGCACACACCACCAGUUAGAGUGGGAUUCAUGAAAGUAGGACAAUAUGCAGAACAGAACGGGUCACACAAAGACAUUAGAUAUUACAGACAGUCUUCAUAUGGUCAUCCAAAAAAAUAAAUAUAUAUAUAUAUAUAUACAUACACUACCGUUCAAAAGUUUGGGGUCACUUAGAAAUGUCUUUAUUUUUCAAAGAAAAGCACUGUUUUUCAAAUAAAGAUAACAUUAAUCAAAAAUACACACUAUACAUUGUUAAUGUGAUAAAUGACUAUUCUAGGUGGAAACAUCUGGUUUCUAAUGAAAUAUCUCCAUAGGUGUAUAGAGGCCCAUUUCCAUCAACUAUCACUCCAGUGUUCUAAUGGUACAUUGUGUUUGCUAAUCGCCUUAGAAGACUAAUAUCUGAUUAGAAAACCCUUGCGCAAUUAUGUUAGCACAGCUGAAAACAGUUAUGCUGGUGAUAUAAGCUAUACAACUGGCCUUCCUUUGAGCUUGAAGUUUGAAGAACAAAAUUAAUACUUCAAAUAUUAAUCAUUAUUUCUAACCUUGUCAAUGUCUUGACUAUAUUUUCUAUUCAAUUUUCAAUUCAUUUGAUAAAUAAAAGUGAGUUUUCAUGGAAGACACGAAAUUGUCUGGAUGACCCCAAACUUUUGAACGGUAGUGUAUAUAUAUAUAUAUAUAUAUAUAUUUUAUUUCCAGGUCUGGAAAGCUCAUUGAACAAAAUUAAAUCCCCAAAGUCUUGAAAAUAUUUCAUAUUCAUAUGUAAAUUUAUACUGAGUUGGAAAUAAUUAAUAUGCUUUAUUAAAAAAAAGAUGCUCAAAAUACAGAGCUACCAACUCUCACGGUUUCGCAGUGUGACACGCUUUUGCAUGUUUUCACACGCUCUCACGCCACACAACCAAUAUCUGACGGCAAAAGAAAUUCCGAUUUUGGGCCGAGGCGCGUUGGUUUCUUUUCAAACUCCGCGACGAUAGAUGGCGCUAAGGAGCGCAUCUAUAAACCUAUUCGCUGCAUAGACAUCCUAUUUACCACAAAGAGUCCCGAAGUUAGCAAUAGAAGAAGAUUUUCAAACAGACACAACGAGCAGAGACUACGGUGUGUUAGAUAGAUAGAUAUAUACUUUAUUAAUCCCCAAGGGGAAAUUAGUUCUCUGCAUUUAACCCAUCCUUAGUUAUUAAGGAGCAGUGGGCUGCAGUGAUGCGCCCGGGAAGCAACUGGGGGUUCAGUGCCUUGCUCAAGGACACUUCGACUUGCAACAACUAAUGGGGAGAGCCGGGAUCGAACCGACAACCUUGGGGUUGCAGGACGACCCCCUUACCCCACUGAGCUACAGCAGGGCUCAAGUGUCACGCAUUGAGCGUGACAGUCACGCAUUUCGGUCUUAAGUCACGCACUCCCACCACACAUCGUAUUUCUCACGCUGAAAAAACUCUCGGCUAUUUAAUGUUUUAAUGUGCCGCAGCACGCAAACAUGAGCUGGCCGCGCUGCCCUCACCGUGGAGGAAUCAAGCGCUCCCCUGGAGUUCUGCUGUGAGGUGCCACUUAUCAGCCAAUCAAAAAAAAGAAAUGGGCUACACAAUAGCCAAUCAGAAAAAAACGUAUCUGUUGUAUCUGGGUAAGAUUUAAUCCAGCAACCAAUGAAAAUAAAGCAUCCUGGAUAGAUA